AAUUGAAUUGAGCGAGAGAGAGAGAAUCACAACACAGGCAGAUAGACAGCAACAGACACGAAGCGGGGAUUUGAGAUAGGACCAAAUAGACUGAAGAGGGAGUUGGCGAUUGAGAAAGUGAGAGAGAUAGGGUCAAUACGGGGACAUAUGAUUUGAGGAAUAUUGCGUAAAAAUCGGUUAGAAUAACUCUCUGUGUUCCCUGAGUGACGGGAAGGGAGAUAACACACACACACACGCACGCACACCGUCCGGAGUCCGAAAAUGGAGGGCAUGGCAUAUGGAGCUGGGAAGGCUGGAGGUGCUUUCAACCCUAUAACGUUCUUCCAGCAGCCACACACCAUCCUCCGGAUCCUCUCUUGGUUUUUCUCUAUUGUGAUCUUUGGUUCUAUAGCCAACGAGGGUUACUUGAACCGACCGGACGAGGCCCAGGAGUUCUGUAUUUUCAACAGGAACCAGAAUGCAUGUAACUAUGGACUGUUCAUGGGAACCUUGGCCUUUCUCUGCUGUCUGGUCUUCCUGGCCCUGGAUGUCUACUUCCCACAGAUCAGCUCUGUCAAGGACCGCAAGAAGGUUGUACUGGCAGACGUAGGGGUUUCAGCAUUCUGGUCCUUCAUGUGGUUCGUGGGGUUCUGUUUCCUGACCAACCAAUGGCAGGUGGCGAAGCAGGAGGACAACCUGAGGGAGGGAGGGGAUGCUGCUCGUGCUGCUAUCACCUUCGCCUUCUUCUCUAUAUUCACCUGGGCGGCCCAGUCCUUCUUCGGCUAUCAGAGGUACCAGCUGGGGGCAGACUCUGCUCUCUUCUCCCAGGACUACAUAGACCCCAGCCUGGAUGCUGGGGCGGCCGGGGACUCCUACACCUCCUUCACGGCCGGGGGGGACGAUCUGGGACAAGGAGCCCCUGUGGGGGGGUCCUCCUAUCAGGGGAUAAACGGCGAGGGGGGUGGGGGGUACCAGGAGUACUGA